AUGGAUGAUGGAACUUCUCAGUAUUAUUUCACUGCAUCUAUGGAUUCGGGUAAAACAUUAUACAACUUACUGAAAUCCAUACAAUUCCAAGAGUGUGCUGUAUUUUGUGCUAUGAAUGAAGGUCUGAAACUAACAGUGGAGGAAGGUAAAUGUGUCCAAGCCUCAGCAUACAUCCCGGCAGACAAUUUCACAGAGUACCAUGUUAGAGAUGACGUUGAUGUUCUGUUUAAAAUAAACAUAUCUGUUUUGACCGAGUGUCUAAAUAUAUUCGGAGCGAACGAAGAUUCAAGUUUGAAGAUGUACUACAGAUGCGAGGGCUCUCCAUUACUGCUAGUUCUACAACCGCAAUCGAUGAUAAAUGUGAUGACAGAUUGUGAGAUAGCCACACAGAUAGCUGACUCAAUACUUGAGUUAAGAGAUGAAGAUGUGCCCGAAGUAGCCAAGCUAGUGUUGAAGGCUUCGGCAUUUAUGGGGCUGUUGGGGGACUUGGAACGUUCCUGUGAUACUAUAGAGAUAAACCUCUCCCCGGAACAUCCUAACGUUAGCAUUAUUACAUACGGAAUGCAGGAUAGAUCUUGUAUAGAUGUUCCCAAGUCUUCGGAUAUGGUGCAGAGUUUUAGCUGCAAACAAGCAAUCAGGCUGAAGUAUCAAUUGUAUCAUCUCAGACUGAUUAUGAAGGCAUUGGCUAUAUCUUCAAAGGUUGUGUUACGAUCCAGUUCAAAUGGUCUCCUCUUGAUACAACUGAAGCUCGAGAAGGAAGAUCAAAGACAAAUGUUCACAGAAUUCUUCAUAUUGCCCUUAUUAGAUGACUAG